AUGGACCUGUGUGUUCCUCUGUCAUUGGAUACUACUGGAACUGCCUCUGGUCUGACUUGGUGUGUGCUGUACAUCCAGGACAUCUCCAGGAGGGAAGUCUUCUCCACAUCCUUUAACUGGAACAAGGGCAGCAGACAUUCAGCAAAACAGCUUCAAAAGCUGGAGAUCUUGAUGUUUUCAURUAAAGAGCUUCCUUCCUCGGAACACUUGAGUGUGGCUGAUGCAACAUGGCUUGCCCUCAACGUGGUGUCUGGUGGAGGUGGCUUCUCCAGCUCCCAGCCCAUCGGAGUGACCAAAAUCGCCAAGUCAGUCAUAGCACCUCUAGCUGACCAAAACAUCUCAGUAUUUAUGCUUUCCACCUAUCAGACGGACUUCAUCCUGGUGCGUGAGCGAGACCUACCCUUCGUGAUGCACACGCUGGCUGCCGAGUUCACCAUCCUCAGAGUAGUGAAUGGGGAGACAGUGGCUGCUGAUGACUUUGGGAUAACAAAUGGAUUUGUCAAACCAAAACUAGUUCAGAGGCCUGUCAUUCAUCCCCUUUCCAGUCCAAGUAAUAUGUUCUGCGUCACCAGCCUGGAUCCAGAUACCCUUCCCACUGUUGCUACACUCCUAAUGGAUGUCAUGUUUUACUCCAAUGGAGUAAAAGACUCGGUGGUGGGCAAUGAAGACUCGGGACAUAUUCGCUUUUUCUCCUUUUCUCUCAUUGAGGGUUACAUCUCCCUGGUCAUGGAUGUCCAGACACAGCAGAGAUUUCCUAAUAAUUUGUUGUUUACAAGUGCAUCUGGUGAACUCUGGAAGAUGGUGCGGAUUGGUGGGCAGCCUCUUGGCUUUGAUGAAUGUGGAAUUGUCGCUCAGAUUUCUGAGCCUUUGGCUGCAGCUGACAUCCCAGCAUACUACAUCAGUACUUUUAAGUUUGAUCACGCAUUGGUACCUGAAGAAAAUAUAAAUGGUGUGGUCAACGCACUCCAAGUCAGUCAAGCUGAAAAGCAUUAGAAAUCUUCUGAGCUGGUUCCAGAUGCUUUUUAUUAUUAUAAUAAUUAUUAUAAUUAUUGUUAUUAUUCUUUUUUUCUCACAGUAUUUCUUGAAAAAUCUGAUUACGGCGAGUGACAUGAAAAGAGACUGUGGAAAAUUGAGCAGAAAUGGCUCCAAUAAGCCUUUGUUUUAAUUAUUAUUAUUAUUAUUAUUGUUAUUGUUAUUGUUAUUUUAUUAAAUUUAUGAAUAAGGGGCAGGAGGAAAGGGAGUUUAUAUGGUUUCCUGAUGUUCAGCUCUAAGGUGAAGUGUACCCUGGCUGUGUUCUCAGUGUGGAAGGAGCUGCCUGAGGACACCUUUUGGCAGCAUGGAUGGCCGUGGGCACGCCGUGGAGAGCAGUGGRAUGGGCCAAGAGCAGAUGGACAGGCCACUGGCUCAGAGAGCCCUGAAAACCAGAAACAAAAGGAAAUACGGAAUUAAACAGAAGACGUUGCACAGUGCUGGCCUGUCUCCUCACAGCAGACUUCCUGAGGACUGUCCAUCGUUGCCUUUGUUGAGAUAGGACACAAAGAGUUCUGUUACCCUGACAGAACACUUUGCUGUUGGAAAAGGGGAAAAUAUCCAGUUGUUUGACAUCUCCYCUUUUUCUUUCUCCCUGCAGUCAAAGCCUGGCUGCUCUGAGAAAGCCUGGGCAGGGGGAGCUCAGCUCUAGCCAGCUCCUGGCAGGUGGUGUCGCCCAGACUUGUGUCUGCAUUGAAACUUGGCUGGUUCUGGUCAUUUUUUUCCAGUCACUCUCUCACUGCUUCCAGUAUUCUCCUGCUCCAGGACAACUGUUGUCCCCUUACCCCACAUCAGAGCCUUCCCCCAGCCUUUGUGCUCCAGGGCCAGCAAGAGGAGGAAGGCCUCUUUUCUCCUGUCCCCUUGGGCUUUUUCCCAUCCACUGUGCACACAUGGGGAAAUAAAGGAUUGCCCAGGGUCCCUGGGUAGAUGCUCUUGCACAUCCCAGGCCACCUUGGYCAAGAGCCACAGCAGGUUGUCCCUCUCAGGGCCAGGAGGGUGCCUGAGUCUUGUGGGGGUCUCCUGGUUUUUAUCAGCUCCUUCAAUACGUAGUUGGAAAUUGCUGCUGAUAGGGGAAAGUAGAAUGGUGCUGAAAAUGUCUAAAACCUGCUGAUAUCUGGUCCUAUCAYGGAAGAUGAUGGGGCUUUUCCUGUGGGUCAGCAGGAGUGUGUUUGCUUCUGGCUUGUACCACAGCUGAGGGCCAGCAGGAGCCAGGCAUCCUGGCCCACAGUGGCACCUGUGUCCCCAUUGUGCCCGGGGCUGCUGCCAGCACUGUGGAGGACAGCAGGGACCAGUGCCAGGAGAGAAGUGUUACCCAAGACAUGGGUGCCAGCAGUCUGCCCCACGUGUGACCAUGCAGCAAGGGGUGGGGUGAAAGGAGAAGUUGUCUGCAGAGAACCUUGCUUUUGUGAUUAGCAGCCCCAGUAUAUCUUGUGGUUUUUCUUCCACUUCAGUCUUGACAUAAAGAAAUUGCAAAUCUUGCCAUAUUCCUGAGGGCUUUCCAGCUGUGCUUCAAGAGACAGCUUCUAGCAGGAUUUUGCUGAGGCUGUUGUGUACAGCUGUGAGCCAGAGUUUUGCAUUAAUCUGGAGGCAGUCUGUGAGCACCUGAGAUCAUGCCAUGGGCAUGGUUCAUACUGGUGUGUAGGGAAUGCAAACCACACACACAGACACAGCUUGCUGAUUAGUUCUGCAUUCACAAUGCUGGAGGGCCGAGCAGUUCUGCUUUCUGAUGCUGCUGGAUUCAAACAUUGAGUUUCAAAUGUGAUUUUUCACCAGUGGGAUGUUGUGUGGCAUUCAGACAAGGAGUCAGAGCAUCCAUGGGAAAAAGCAUGGAUUACUCUCCUUGGUUGGCCCUUUGGAGCUCAAACAUCCCUGCUGAGGAGCACUGAGGCACACGUUCMUUGCUUUACCAAACAGGAUGUUUUGCUGUUCCUUUACACUGGUUUUCAGAACUAUCCCAUGAUAUGUUAUAUUCACACCAGAUUUCUGCACUAAAGGUUUAUUCCAGGUGUGGCACUGUGCAUCUCUGGGUUUGGAAAGAUGUUUUGGCUUCCUGCCACAAGGACACAGGCAGAGGCUGCACUGUGCAGUGUGGGGAUGUUUGCUGUGGCUGCCCAGAGUUGUGGGCAUUGAGCUGGGCUGGGGUGCACAGCAAGGCUGAUGGUGGCUUUUCACCCCAUUUAUUGUCAGAGGAUUAUCCUUGGGAUGGCAUUGGCAGCAUGGGAGGUGGGGGGUUGAGUUGCUGCACAGCUACUGAGUUGUCAGCACCAGCUUUUCUGGCCAGUUGAGGUGAGCCUGAGUUUUCCCUGUGUGCAUGGRCAGUGCCACCAUGACAGAGUCACCAGGACAGUGUCUUCUUUUUGCUGUGGGGUUUUGUCAGCCUUUGGGAAACRCCAGUUUUGGCAUCAGAGAGUACUGUGUGUUGCUCUGCAUGGCCAGUGCUGCUUCCAAAAGGACUGUGACAUGGAUGGGAAGGAGUUACUUGAAACAAGCAACAACUUUACUAAGCCUUAAGUGAAAGCGAAAAAAAAAAUGGUUUUAAUUUUCUAACAUUGCACUCAGGCUAUUUUAGAGGCUGAUUUUUUUUUUUUUUUUAGUUUAAAUUUAUUUUCCCAAGGGAGUCAGCCUUAUAUUUGUGAAAUCUGUAGAAGUCUUUGUGGUGUUUCAAACCUUCCCAAAGCCAGUUGAUGUCCCAUCAUGGGGAAAGUUUGCCAGAAAAAYUCACAGGGUGUAAAAUGCCAUUGAGGGACACUGACGCUGCCACCAUCCUUGGCUUCACCUUUUUAUAUCCUUUUGUCAUUUUAUCCUCACAUCCAAGGAUACUGUUUCAGACACCUUUAGUGUUCCCUUCAUAUUUUCGCUGGUGGGAACAGAGAUAAUCCAAACUCCAGAAUUGGUGGAACCUUGUGUUUGCACCUAGCCUGUAGCCAAGAUCAAUGCCWGCUUGCACAGCACUGCUGCUUGUGAGACCUACACUGCAGGAAGGGGUCUGUAGGGGCCUUGUUAAAAAUUUUCAUAGUAACAAUAAUACCACCACAGUCAACCUGAAGUAGGGAGCUCUUAAAGCUGCUCCACAGCUCCCACUCUCUCAGCACCCAGACUUUGGGGUGGGAAAAAAAUUGAAGAGUCUUUUCCUUUUUAAAAAUGCAUUAUGAUAAUACCUCUGAGCAUCCCUGACAUUAUGCUGUUCAAUACUGUGUGGAURAAGGAGGAACAUGUUUCAGUGGGAUGCCCUUGRGCUGGGUGCCUGGAUCAGCUGUCAGUUGUCAGUUCUGUCCUCAGCAUCCCUGCUCAGCUCUCUGGGCAGUUCCACCUGGCCAUGGCUUCUGCUAAUGAGGGAUUGCCUCAAUGCUGCAGGCUGCUCCCUGUGCYGUCUCCUCUCGUUGCACAAAAAUUCACCAAACAGCAAAAUGCAAAAGUGUUUCCAGCCCUGCAGAAAGGGGUAGGCAGGGGAGGAGAGCAUCGCCCUCAUGGACCCUCCAUCUUUCUCCAAGACCUUUGUUUUCUUAGAAGUAUCAACUUUUCCAAGUUGUGUGUGUUAGUAAGUAGGGUCUUAUCUUUUUCCUUCAGCCCAAUUAGAAUUUGAAUGCAAAUUUCUUUCUACUGAGCAAGUGUGUACAUAGGUUCAUCCUAAUGUAUAGUGUUCCCAUA